AUGACGAACCACAUCGUUGUUCUUGGCGCUGGUGUGUCCGGCCUCACUGCCGCCCUGCUCUUGUCAAAGAGCAAAGCCAACUCCGUUACUGUCAUCGCGAAGCACAUGCCCGGUGACUAUGACAUUGAAUACACAUCCCCCUGGGCUGGGGCCAACAUCCUGCCCAUGGCACCCGCCUCCGACAACAGAUGGGAGAGGAGGACGUGGCCCGAGAUCAAGCGUCUGGCCGCUGAGGUGCCCGAGGCCGGCAUUCACUUCCAAAAGUCAAUUGUAUACCGCCGCAAGAAGGACAUUGAGGCCGGCGGCAACCCCUACGACGCUCUCUACUCUGUGGACCCCUGGUACCGCGACAUGAUGCCCGACUUCCGCGAGCUGCGCCAGGACGAGCUCCCCGAAAACGCCCACUCGGGCUGCAUCUUCACCUCUGUCUGCAUCAACACGGCGCUCUACCUGCCCUGGCUGAUCGGCGAGUGCCGCAAGAACGGCGUCGUCUUCAAGCGCGGCGUCAUCGCGCACAUCCACGAGCUCAAGAGCCUGCACCACACGGGCAACCCCGCCGACAUCAUCGUCAACGCCUCGGGCCUGCUGGCGUGCAAGCUGGGCGGCGUCGAGGACAAGACGGUGCGCCCCGCGCGCGGGCAGGUCGUCGUCGUGCGCAACGAGAUCGAGCCGAUGGCCACCAUCUCCGGCACCGACGACGGCCCGACGGAGGUGUGCUACAUGAUGACUCGCGCCAACGGCGGCGGCACGAUCCUGGGCGGCACCUACGACAAGGAUAACUGGGACGCGAACCCGGACCCGAACAUUGCGGUGAGGAUCAUGAAGCGCGCCGUCGACCUGUGCCCUGCCCUGACGGGCGGCAAGGGCAUUGAGGCGCUGAGCAUCAUUCGUCAUGGCGUCGGGCUGAGGCCGUACCGCGAGGGCGGCGUCAGGAUCGAGAUUGACACCAAGACUUUCGAGGAUGGCACGCCGAUUGUGCACGACUACGGCCACGCUGGCUGGGGAUACCAGGGAUCGUAUGGCACUGCGGAGGGUGUCGUUGAGUUGGUGAACCAGAUCAGGACGGAGAAGGGCGAGAAGCUGGCGAAUGAGCCGAAGCUCUUCUCGUGGGACCGGCCGGCGAAGUUCUGCACCAUGGCCGACACCACGCCCCCAAUCCAUGUCCAAGCGACACGCCUGGUACUCGACAUUGCAAAUGGCCGUCAUGCGCUCUCCAAGGCUAUCCCACCACUGCUCCUCGCGCUCGACGCGGUCCUCUGCGGGUUGAUCAUCUGGAAAGUCCCAUACACGGAAAUCGACUGGGUGGCGUACAUGGAGCAGGUGGCUCAGUUCGUCUCCGGCGAACGCGACUACACCAAGAUCAAGGGCGGCACCGGCCCCCUCGUCUACCCGGCCGCCCAUGUCUACACGUACACGGGACUCUACUACCUCACCGACGAGGGAAAGGACAUCUUCUUGGCGCAGCAGUUGUUUGCCAUUCUUUACUUGGCUACUCUUGCGAUUGUCAUGGCUUGCUACUGGAAGGCAAAGGUCCCGCCCUACAUCUUCCCCCUCCUUAUCCUCUCCAAGCGCCUCCAUAGCGUCUUCGUCCUCCGAUGCUUCAACGACUGCUUCGCGACCCUCUUCCUCUGGCUUGCCAUCUACUUCUUCCAGAAACGCCUCUGGACGCCAGGCGCGAUCCUCUACAGCUGGGGCCUCGGCAUCAAAAUGUCGCUCCUCCUCGUCCUGCCCGCCGUGGGCGUCAUACUCUUCCUCGGCCGCGGUUUCGGAGGCAGUCUGCGCGCGGCAUGGAUCAUGGCACAGCUACAAAUCGUCAUGGCCGUCCCGUUCGUGGCGGAUAAUGCAAAGGGCUACCUCGGCCGCGCCUUCGAGCUGUCGCGGCAGUUCUUCUUCAAGUGGACUGUCAACUGGCGCUUCGUGGGGGAAGAGACGUUCCUGAGCAAGCCGUUCUCGAUUGCGCUUCUAGGUCUACAUGUCGCGGGACUGGUCGUCUUCAUCACCACCCGCUGGCUCAACCCCGCCCAGCGCCCGCUCUCGUCGCUCGUGGCCCCCAUGCUGCAGGGCAAGUCGCCGUUUGCAGGGCUGGAGGAGAGGCAGGUGGCCAGCCGGGUGACGCCGCGCUACGUUCUCACGACGAUCCUCUCGGCCAAUGUGUUGGGUCUGCUCUUCGCCAGGUCUCUGCAUUACCAGUUCUACGCCUAUCUAGCCUGGUCAACGCCGUACCUCCUCUGGCGCAGCGGCCUUCCCGUCGUCCUCGUAUACGCGCUGUGGGCGGCGCAAGAGUGGGCGUGGAAUGUGUACCCCAGCACGGACGCGAGCUCGCAGGUUGUGGUCGGCGUCAUGGCAGUCACCGCUGUCGCAGCGUGGUUUGCGGCGGCGGGCGAAGGCAAGCCGGAGGAGAAGGUGGAGGAAAAGGAGCAGUGA